AUGGGCACCGACGUUACUGCCAAUGGAAUCAAAUUUCAGAUGACAGAUCGUUUUAGGCCUCUUGGAAAGCGUCAACUUGAUAUGCUUGCAAAAGGCUUGGACCCUAAAGACGUCGAUGUUUACGGCAAGGGUUAGAACGAGAGGAAUUCUUUUUAUCUUCUUUAUUUAUCUUUUCCUUCUACACAUAACACCUUGGAGCAACAUUAUUAAUGAUUCAUUUAGCUAUUUCAAAUUAUUUCGGUUCAGAUAGCACUGGCGGAGGAAUUGGUUUCCAGUUCCGCCAGAUCAAGAACGAUGCUAAGCGCCAACGUCAAUGUUUUGAAUCUGGCGGAGACCCAAAAGACUUAAACGUUGGCGCAGGUAGUGGCACAGAAAAGGGUGUGCAGCAAGAACCCUCUCUUCUAUUCUACAUUUCUAUUUCCAUUUCUUUUCCUGCUUUGUUUCAAUUAGAAAGACAUGUCUCGAGAUAAAUCAUAUUAACGUUCUGUAUUAGCCAUCGCUGCAUACUACCAGGAAGAUUCCACAAAGCAUUCGAUUGAACACCGCAUGCGAGUGAUCAAAGCUGAAGCUAAGAAGAUGACGGGUACUUUUGCCUGAAACCUACCUUUCGCUUGAGAUUGUGGACUUGCUACUCUGCUUUACUUAAUUCCCUCCCCAUUUCUUUUCGUCGACUCCCAAAUCGCCACCACUCAUCAUUUGGAGGAAUCAUUUGCUAACUAUUCUUGUAGCUAUCCCACGCGAGGAUGGUGGUGCCGGUAAGUUUAUGUGACUCACUUCAGUCUGGUAAUGCUAACUUUCCUUUAGAUGGUGCCGUUUCUACCCCUUCAAAGAAGCCGAGAGCCCCCCGUGGUUCUGCUAAGAAGUCUACCUCACGUAAGAAGAAGGGCGUGGAUGAGGAGGAUGAGGAGGAGGACAGUGAGGACAUCGGAGGUGAUUCGCCAUCAAAGGGUGCCCUCAACAAGGUCAAGACUGGCCGGGUUGCCAAGGCACCACGCGCCGCUGCCAAGAAGAUGGCUACCUAUUCCGAGUCGAUUGGCUCUGAUGGAGAGGAUGUUGUUGUGGUUAAGGAAGAAUUCGCCUUCCAAAACGGUGAUGUGAGUAAAGGUUUCGCCAAUGAUCCCACCAAUGGCUAUACGGUGGAUGGCAUGGACGACGAUAACGAGGAAUAUUACGUCGCCGAAGAUUACCAAGAUGUCUAAAAGGCGUCAAGUCAUUUGGCGGGUUUUCGGAUCUUUUCAACUCCUGGGAAGUCCUAAAUCGACCCGGCAAUCGUCAAUCUCCUUCGAUCUUCAUCAUUUCAUUCAAAAACAAUUUCUCAACUGUACAACAACGCCCCUUCUUUCGUCAUUCCUUUCUAUCGGCGUUUUUGUUUCAAACAAGGAAAAUUUUCACGCUUCCGCUUUCUCUGGAACUACAUUCCCUGGUCCGCUUUAAGACUUCGCAACUUUCCUGGACUAGCACGUUAGCUAAAGACAACGUAGGCUUUGGUGAGAAAGUCCAAGUAUCUUUCUGCAAUGUUUACUCCUCGAUUACGAAUUUCACUUGAAUGACUGGCACACGUCUUUCCCUAUUUUCGCGCUUACGACCACGACAACUUAUCGGCAUCGCAUCGCAUGAAACAUCUCCAGCAAUUAUUUUCGAACUCGGAUUACGACGGACAAGACUUUGACGACCUUGCCCUGGUGAGAGGGUGGGACUCUUAGGAUUGGUUGUUUUUGAAUUUGAGGAUUGGAAUUUGCAACGGGUUUCUUUUUCUUUGCAGCCUAUGGUUUGGUUUCGUUGGUUUGAUUGGCCUUGAUUGGUUGAUCUGGCAGGAUAUGGAAAUGGAAGAUGCAUGGGUUUCUUGACUUGAGGUUGAGGGAUCUGGAUAUGUAUGUUGCUUGCAGAUUGUUUUUUAGAAGGACAUAUGGGGGAAACCAUACGGGAUACAAUUUCAAGCAAGGAAGCAAGGAGUGCGCUGUUAUGGAAGGAUUGAUAAGCUUGCGUUAAUCACCAAUAGUAAAAAUGAAACGAU